GUCGUUGCAGCCGCCAGUCCAUACCAUUGCUUGAAUCUAAUUUUCUUGGCAGCCAUGGGACUCUACAAGAAUGCUUGUGUUCUUUCGAGCUUUGCGACACUGCUUCUGAUUCUUCAUUUCUUUGCAACACAAUCCCUGGCUCGGCCUUUGGGAGAGACGUCAGAAAAGGCAACCAACGUUGUCGCAGAGACGCAGGGAUUCGGUAAAUGGGACUGGGGCGAAGGUAGAGGUGGACGGGGUGGGGACAGAUUUGGUCGGGGCAGAGGAGGCGGAUGGAGGGACCGGGGAGGGGGCGGUGGCGGUGGAGGAGGUGGUGGGGGGGAUGAAGGAGGCGGUGGAGGAGGUGGUGGAGGGGAUGAAGGAGGCGGUGGAGGAGGUGGUGGAGGGGAUGAAGGAGGCGGUGGAGGAGGUGGUGGAGGGGAUGAAGGAGGCGGUGGAGGUGGUGGAGGAGGCGGAGGCGGUGGUGGAGGCGGUGGUGGGGGUGGGAAGUAA